AAUUAGCUGAAUAGAUUUGAGACAGGCUUCAGAGUUGAUUGCAAGCUCAAUUCAGGCUUUUUAAGUGAAGGCAUAAUAGUAGAACGCUUUAUAUAAUGCGCAGAUUAUUGUUUCUGAUACUGACUCAGCUGUUAGCAACUGGCACAUGUGAUAUAAGCCCAGGUCCUGAGCAAGAAGGAAAGCAUGAAGGUAAAACGCUUGCCCAUUGGAAUUAUGAAGAUCAAGACUGGGUCAAAGGCUAUCCAUAUUGUAAUGGGGAUGCACAGUCUCCUAUUAAUAUCGACACUCGAAAAACCAUAGUCAACAAAGAACUUCCUUCAAUCACUCUUGAAGGAUACAAUCUAAAAGAAACUGAACAGCUUGAUUUAUCUAAUAAUGGGCACACCGUUCAACUUUCACUCCCAGAUUCAAUGAGCAUAAGCGGUGGUUUCACACAGAAAUAUCUCGCAUCUCAGCUGCAUUUUCAUUGGGGAUCAGAGAGCACUCCAGGAUCUGAGCACACAGUGGAUGGUACCCAGUAUGCUGCUGAGAUGCACAUUGUUCACUUUGCUGCCAAGUAUGAAAGUUUGGUCAAUGCAUCACAGAAAGCAGAUGGUCUCGCUGUUCUGGCAGUAUUUCUUCAGGUUGGAACACAACAUAAUAAAAACUAUGAUCACAUAUUUGAUAAACUUCAAGAUAUUGCUGAAGGUGCCACAAUAAAAAUUCCUGGUUUUGACAUAAGCACACUGUUACCCAGUCAGCUACACCACUUUUUCCGCUAUACUGGAUCUUUGACAACGCCGCCCUGCUUUCAGACAGUUACCUGGACCGUAUUCAACGAGGUUGUCCUAAUUUCUCAAGUACAGCUGGAAAAAUUGAAGACCAGUUUAAAGGCUAACCAUCACACGUUGGAUUCAAACUUUAGACAGGUUCAGCCACUCAACAGAAGGAGUGUAUUUGCUUCCUUUUCAUCACUAACAUCAUCACGAAGCAUAGUUCCAAACGUUGGUUUUACUGAGUCUGAUGGCAAUGACAAUUCAGCAAACGGCAACCAUUUCACUUUAGGUGAUACGCUGGCUGUUAUAUUUGGGACCUUAUUCGGAUGUACUGCUUUGGCAUUUGCGGUUUAUGUGCUGAAACAAAAAAAACAAAGAUCAAACACUGAAAGAGGACAGAAAGUAAUCUACAAACCUGCUGCUACAAUGGAAGCGUGAGAACUCAGCAAAUCUGUUUACCAGCAGAAAACCUGGAAUCAAACUUGGAUGUUAGAGCAGAAGUUAAUGAUUCCUCAAGAACAAAUUACCUGUUUGUUAUUUGUCCUGUUCAGAACUUUAGCUUAAUGCAGUUGAAACUAUUUCUGAAUAACAAUUAUUCUGUACAGUUCUAGAAAGGGGUCAUGCUUUAAUAAAAUUCUGCAUUGUAAUAUGUCACGAUCUGAAUACAAUGUAAAGAAAUGCAGUACUUAAAGAGUAGAGCUGUACAGCACCAGGGCAAUUUCACUGAGGCUAUUGAUUGUUCAGAUACUAGGAGACUGGUAAACAAUUUUGAUCAGUUGUGUAAGACAGUUAACUUUACGUUCAUUAUUGUGUGCUUAUUUUUUAUAUGCAAUGUGAUAUACAAGGGCACAAGUUUAUUUACUGUAUGACACAGGAUAUCACAUACACUUUCGGUGGUGGUGGAGGAUAAUGUUCAGUGCUUGGGUAUAUUUAAUUAACAAAAUUGCAGAAACAGAGUUGAACUGUAUAUCUGUUUGGUGAAGUAUAAUUUUGGGAGGAAAGAGAUGUGCACAAAAAUGUAUUUGUAUCUUUUCCUUAGUUUGACCUGACGACUCUGUAAAGUGAUAUAAAGUCAGUAAUAAUCUCUACUGGAAGAAA